CUUACUUUCCUUGAUAUCCAAUCCCAUAUGUAUAUAUAGAGAAAGAGUUUUAAAAUGUGGAGUCCCCUUCUACUUUGGAGAGCACCUCUGUCCUGGAUGGUGUAUAAUCUUUUCAUGCCUUCUUCACAGAAUUGUUUUCUAGCUCUAUUACUGAAUGUUCCCAGCCGUGAGCUCUGAACCACCAUGGUCUUCCUCUGAGUAGAUGUCCUUGUUCCCGGCACAUGGCCUGACCCUACUACACCAUCCUCACAAGUACUGGGUGGCCCAGGCUUCUGAGCAAAGUGAAACCUAAGGCUUAAUGUGGUCACAGGGACCAGCUAUGCCCCAGAAGACAGGAUAUCUCUACUGUUUAAAAAAAAAUCUUAUACAGGAAAUGCUUUGAGGUGUUAUUGAAGAAGGUGCAUUGUUCAAAAAACAAAACAGAUCUGUUUUGCUUGACCUAGCGGAGAAAUGUUUUUAAAGGAGUCCAUGUGUGAAUCAGCUAAUCCCAGGUAAAGUAAGCCUAUGGAACAACAACAACUAUCAGUGAGUAAGCACUUCUUGUGUGCCAGGCAUAUUCACACAUAUCUUUUGAACACAACAACCCUAUAGGGUAGGUAUUACUACCCUCAUUUUACAACAUAGGGUUCCCCCCCCCAAAAAAAGAAAAAGAAAAAACCCAAACCCAUUGCCAUCGAGUUGAUUCCAGCCCUAUAGGACAGAGUAGAACUGCCUUAUAGAGUUUCCAAGAAGUGCCUGGCGGAUUCAAACUGCUGACCUUUUGGUUAGCAGCCAUAGCACUUAACCACUGGACCACCAGGGCUUAGAAAGGUUAAUUAGCUUGCCCAUAGUCCCAUAGCUACGAAGUUGCAUAGCAGAUCUGAAUGUAGGAUAGAUUCACUCCAAAGUCUGUUUUGUCUCCACUGCUUGACCUCUGAAACUCAGUUUUUCAUCUAUAAAAUAGAGUCAGACAUUGCAGGGUUUCUCUGUCAAUUCUAGAUGAAACACGAAAACCACGCAUUGCAGUACCCCGUGUGUGUAUCCUAGACACAAAAUGUACAUGCCCUAUCUGAAAAUCACCUGUGCCUGAAUUCAGUUGAAUUUAUUGAACAUUAUCUGGAGAAGCAAUCAUUUUGCAAGGCAGUACCUUAAGCAGAAAGAUCGUACACCCAAACGCUGAACAAAACAGAUCUGUUUCAACCAGGGCACCCCCUGGAAGCAGCUCUCUCAAAGAAUGAGUACAGGUCAGUUUUCAAAAGGAAGGAAAAGGGUCUCUCAGGUGGGCACAACCUAGGAAGGCCAGGUUUGUUCAGGGUCCCUCCUAACCAUUAUUCCAAUAGCCCAGAUGUAUUCAGGAGUAUAUUUUCCUAAUUAAAAAUCAGGACAUACGGCUUUAUAAGUGUGUUGUGAUUUUUUUUUCAUUGAGGGAUUACACACAUACAAUAAAGUGCCCUAGUCUUUUUCUUAAUUGCUGUAAAAAUGUAUAUAACACAACAUUCGGUGACUCGACAUUUUCCAGGUGCAGAGUUCAGUGGUAACAGUUACAUUAACCGUGUGGAGCAGCAUCCUGUCUCCAUAAACACUCACUGCUUCCCACAUAAUGGCGCCCCCAAAGUGCCCUAAUCUUAAAUGUAAGCUAGACGAUUUUUGUACAUAUGAAUGCAUCCCCGUAAAUCCAUCUAGAUCAAGAUACAAAGCAUUUUCAGCACGCCGUACGGAGAAGCAAUUUACAAUCAACAAAGGAGCAACAGCUAAAAUCAGAGCUGAAAACGAAAAGCUAGCAAGGAGCUUGGAAAGCCGGGCAAUAGAGAGGCUGGAUUUUUUGUUGUUGUUGUUAGGGAAGACAGAUAAACCUGAAUUUUGCUUCUCCCUUUUGAUGGUGGGUGUAAAGCGCUUCUGUGCGUUCACAUUCAUUAUAUAUCCUUCGAUCCUCACAACGACUCUGAUGUAGUCAGGACUUAACCCUCCUUCGCACGUGAGGAAACAGGAAACUGUUCGGAGUUUUUGAGGAGAACAUCCCCCAGCCAAAGCAAGAGAGAAAGAACUGGCUCCCCUGAACUCGCUCAGCAGAUCAGCCACGUGGCACUGGGACGAGGCGUCAGGUUACCUGUCAGCGCCGUGCCCACGAGCCCAUUGGCUGGCGCUCUGGGCAGCGGGUAUAAAGCCCAGGGCUGCUGUCCUACCCGCCGCGCGCACUUUGAACUUCCCAGAGGCUGCGCACCUUUUCUUGUCGGAGAGAAAGGUAGAAAGCGGCGGAGACCAAUCGGACGCCGAACUUCAAGUACACUCGGAGGGCCCGGACGGCUUGCUUAACUCCCCGGGCGUCUCGUCUGAGGCUUUUGCGCCUAAAGGAGGACAGUAAACCGCAGUUUGUUGGGACAGAAAAUAAUUAUUUUAAAUCUCGCCGAGGGCUAGAGUGCAACGGUGCAAGGAUUCAUUGAACGAUUGCACAACGCAAAGCGCCUCCUGGCACGGUAGCGCGACCAAAGUUAGCCGCCAACAUUUGGACAAUCCCUGCCUUAGGCAGAUCGAGAUUAAAACAAGUCUCGAAGUGUACACGACAACGGAGCGGAGACAGGACAGGAGAAGAACGAUUGCAUUUAAAUCACUGAAAAACAGUGAGCAGUAGGAGCGCACAGUGCAGCCUGCCUCGCCCCGGGAAAAGCAGGAGGAAACACUUCUAAAGGAGGAAAAGAGACAGGAAUUGUUGCGCUCUGCGGGGCUCACUCUGACGAUCAGUGUGCGCUUACGCCUUGCAGGCCGACCAGCUCCAGCUGAGGGUCGCCCCUGCCCGGCAUCUGCCGCCCGAUGUGGUGCCUGGAGCAGCUAUGCCUGGGACCCGAGCGCCUCCUGCGGCGUGGGGACUGGCUUCACCGGCGUCGGGCCCGUGGAUCCACCGCCGCCCGGCCCGCAGGGUUUGCCAACGUGCUCACCCCGGACCGCAUCCCCGAGUUCUGCAUUCCGCCGCGACUGGCGCCCGGUCCGGGCCUGGCUGCGCUCCGAAACUUCUGGGCGGAAGAAUGGGGGACAGACGAGGGCGCCGGCCGCACCGACUGGGACCCGCGCUCGCAGGCCGCGCUCUCCCUGCCGCACCUGCCCCGCGCGCGCACGGCCUACGGCUUCUGCGCGCUGCUCGAGAGCCCGCACACCCGCCGCAAGGAGUCGCUCUUCCUCGGGGGCCCCGGCGCCUCCGCGCUCCUGCCCCGGCUCCGGGCGCACACCUACGCCGGCGGCGGGGACGGCCCUCGCGCGCCCCCGGGCCGCCCGCGCGCCCCGAGCCGCGCCCCCGCUGCCCCCGGCCGUCCCCACCCGCUCUGGGACACGCUCGUUUCCCGGCCCCGCGGCCACCGCCUCCUGCGCGCCCCCGACGGGCUGCUGAGGCGCGCGCUGCGGGCAGGGAGGAGGGGCGGCCUGGCCCGCGCCCGCUCCGUCUCCAGCGGCGACGAGAACCCAGCCGCAUCCCCGCCGCCGCGGCCCGAGCGCCUGCAGGCCGAGGGCACCGUGACUCUGAGCCGCGCCGGCGGAGCCCUGCGCCUGGCCGCCGAGUACUGCCCGGGCAGCGGGCACCUCCGCGUCCGGCUGCUGCGCGCCGAGGGCCCGGCCGGGGGCGCCGCCGAGCCCUGCGCCGUCGGCUGCCGGCUUAGCUUCGUCCUGCAGCCGCCGGGCCAGAAGCGCAGGCAGCGCAGCGCCGUGGUCCGCCGCAGCCGCAACCCCGCCUUCGACCAGGACUUCUGCUUCGACGGGCUCACGGAGGACGAGGUGCGCCGCCUGGCCGUGCGCGUCAAGGCCGGGAGCAAGGGCCGCGGGCUGGAGCGGGGCCGCCUGCUGGGCCAGGGCGAGCUGCUGCUGGGCUCCCUCCUGCUCCUCUGAGGGCCCCCUCUGGCACCUACAACUGCUUUGUACAAAAUAAACUUUUGUUUUCUACUCAGCCUUUCUUUUAAUCCAGUGUUGGCAGAGCUGAUACUGGAUGACUUGCAAACAUGUAAAUGUUUGCGUAGAUACUCUGUAAAUUCCUUGUCCGCAAAUGGAGCGGUGUACAGCAGUAGUCUCUCCCGAUGCCUGUAGCAGAUUACACACUGUAUGUUUCACACACGCUUAUUGGGAGGUGUUAGACAUGAAGUGUUAGAACUGACGGGCCACUUGGCAUGUAUUUUGCAGCAACCUCCUAACUUGAGGUUAGUUCAUUCCAUAACAUCUCUUAGAAACUCUCUUAGAGAUUGUCUUUUGAAGCCUUAUCUGAGACCCUGGAUAAGAAAGUCAGACCAGGAAAGGGAGGUGAAGUGAUUUGUCCAAGGUCAACGGUAAACGGUUAGUAGAAACUUCCAUCAGACACUCUUGAAUAUGUUUUGCUGAAAAAGCAUUGGAGAAAUUGAAACUAUUUAAUGUUCUAAGUUUACAAAUAAUCAUAUAGCUUUACAAGUAUUAAUUUGUGUAAUUUAUGAAGUAGGCACUCCUAUUCCCAUUUUACAUCUGAGGAAACUGAGGCACAAAAAGGGGGCAGAGUCUGUGAUACGGAUUGAAUCAUGUCCCCCAAAAAUGUGUGUCAAAUUUGCUAGGCCAUGACUCCCAGUGUUGUGUGGUUGUCCACCAUUUUGCGAUCUGAUGUGAUUAUCUUAUGUGGUGUAAAUCCUAACCUCUGUGAUGUUAAUGGGGCAAGAUUAGAGGCAUUUAUGUUAAUGAGGCAGGACUCAAUCUACAGGAUUAGGCUGUAUUCUGAGUCAACCUGUUUUGAGAUAUAAAAGAGAGAAUCCAGCAGAGAGGAGAGGGACGGCAUGCCAUCAAGAAAGAAGUUUUGGAAGCAGAGCACCUCCUUUGGCCCUGGGGUCCCUGUGCUGAUAAGCUCCUAGACAAGGGGAAGAUUGAUGACAAGGACUUUUCCCCAGAACCAACACAGAGAGAAAGCCUUCCCUGGGAGCUGGAGCCCUGAAUUUGUAUUUCUAGCCUCCUAGACUGUGACAGGAGCCCUGGUGGCACAGUGGUUAACAGCUAUGGCUGUUAACCAAAAGGCUGGCAGUUCGAAUCCACAAGCUGUUCCUUGGAAACCCUAUGGGGCAGUGCUACUCUGUUCUAUAGAGUUGCUAUGAGUUGGAAUCGACUCAAUGGUAAUGGGUUUUUGUUUGUUUAGACUGUGAUGGAAUAAAUUUCUGCUUGUUAAAGCCAUCCGCUUGCAGUAUUUCUGUUACAGCAGCACUAGUUGUCUAAGACAUUCAGGAUUGAAGCUAGGCACCAGCUUUUUAUCCACAAUCUACCUAAAUAAUACCCCAGUCUAAAGAGCUCAUCUCAUUAGUGCUGUGAGACUUUGCACCUUCAGCUUCUGUCAAACUGGUGACUUGGAGGUUGCUGUCUCUUCACAUUGCUAUCCUCUAGUGGGAAAAGCCAACUGAAUGAAAGAGUAAUUCAUACUUCAUGCAGGUGACUUCAGGCACUGAGAUGAGCUGGUGGGUUUAAGACUCUGCCUGAGGAGGAAGCUAACUGGACUCAGUCAUAGAAACAGAUGUGUCAGUCUUCACCGGCACCAGGUAAGCUAACCUGCCAGGUCAGGGAAUCUAGGGUAGACAUGUUGUCCUACCUCUGGCCCACAAAGAUAACAAUAGAUUUCCUAUGUUUUAAAGGACGAUUUCCCUUCGUCCUUCACAUUCACUGCCAGCCAGGUGUCUUUUGUCCUUAUGCAUAUUGGAGGAAAAUAUGUCUUAAAUGACCACUGAAAAUAUUUAAAUAUAUGUUAUGGUGUUAAAUAUGACUACAUUAUCAGACUGGAUUCAGCAAUGGUUUCUGCUUUCACAAAACUUAUUGACAGCUUUAUCCAUUGGCAGAGCCCUGGUGGUGCAAUCUUUAAGAGCUCAGCUGAUAACCAAAAGGUCAGCAGUUUGAAUCCACCAGCUGCUCCUUGGAAACCCUAUGGGGCAGUUCUACUCUGUCCUAUAAGGUUACUAUGAGUCAGAAUUGACUUGACAGCAAUGGGUUUGGUUUGGUUUUUGGUUCAUGAAAAGUUUCAGUUUCAGUUUCAGUCACAACUCAGACAUAAACUUGAAAAUGGGUUAUUGUGACAGGUAUUUACAAAGAUGACCAUUGAACGAACAUGAGAAAUAACUGUGAACUCUAUCAAAGUCAACCACAUCCAAAAGCUCACAGUGGUGGACCAAAUGAAUGGUAACCUAACAGUAGUUCACAUCUAUCAUGUGUUCUUCUGUCUACUCUAAGUCAUCAUUUCCUUGGCCUUCAAGCGAAGAUUUUUUUUUUUUAAUGUAUGAAAUUCUUCAAGAUUUUAGGAUAUUGGUAGGGUGAUGACUGAGUUCACAGAAGUAGUACUUUAAAAGGAAAAUAAAUGGAGAGUGAAAACAACUUGGUUAAGUACAAUAUCAUUUUGGAUUUUUGUUUCUCUGACCCUUAAAAAUAAACAGAUUGCAUGUAUGGUUUUGAAAGCAAGGCUUAUUCCAGAAGAGAUUGCAAUCACUAUUGUCAUUCAAUUGUGUACGAGUAAUGGAUUGGGAACUGAAAUGUCAAUUUAGUAAGCAGAUUUUUCCAAGAUCAUAAAUCAUUGAAUUUCAGGGACCUAAAUUUUCCAUGACAUCUUGGUGGUUAUUUCCAAAGAAUUUCCACUGAUGCCAGGUUAUGGCUGAUUAUAAUAAUGUUAAUAGCCUAGUCACCAAGACUUUAAAAUGACUGAAAUAAAAUCAUAAACUCAUAGAAUUUUAGGAUUGGAAAAAAGCUUUCAGAAUUAUUUUGUGCUAAUUCUAUAUAUCAUAGAAGAGGGUCAGAGAGAGAAAUUGUUGAUGGCCCCCAAAUCACACAGUUAAAGAGCUGGUAUAAGAAUCAAUGCUAUGCUCAUUUUGCCCUUCAACCUAAUGAAUCUUUGGACCACUAUGUCCAAGAAAGGAGAAACAUUUGUGCAUAAAUUAUUUUAUAUCACUUAACUAAUUUGAAUUAUUUGCAUUUAAGAUAUCUUAUUUACAAUACAAAAUUCUCAUGACAACAUCCACCUUUGGAGGGGGGCAAAUUUAAAUUGGGGUUACGCUUUGCUGCCCUCUAGUGGAUACCACGUGUGUUUUGUCGGUAAGUCUAUCUCCUUGACAUCAGACCAUGUCAUCUAAAUAACCGCCAAUCUAAUGCUAGAAAUGAACAAACUGAUGGCCUUGAAGAUGUGUGCUAAUAUCAGAUGGUGGUGAAGAUUCAGACUGCAAAAUAACUAAACAUAUCCACGUGAAUGGAAAAGGUGGCAAAAAAUACUAUAGAUUUAAAAACUGAAAAAAGUUCCCCAAUAGUAAUGAAGCUGGGGGGGUGUGGCAAUAGCAUGUCAGUGGCACAAAGGGGCUUUAGGAGUUCUCACGCUUCUCGUUGACCUUUAGGAACCACGUCCUACCCACCAAUGACGUGGCACAACCUUGCCUCUUCAUGGCAUAGAUAUUGGAGCGUAUUCAAAGAAAAGCCCGCACAAGAGAAUGUGGCGGAUGAUGGUGGUAGUUGCGUAUCACUGUGGUAAAAUUAAUGCCACUGAAUUUUUCACUUAGAAAUGGUUAAAAUGGCAAUGUUUAUGUUACUUAUAUUUUACCACCAAAAAAAUUUUAAAUAGUUGAGUACCCAUUUUAAAAAAUCUGAUCAAUUGCUUUGUCACUGGGUUUUACAAAGAUAGUGCACUCUGUAUCUAGCAUAUUAGCUUCAGUACAGCUGAAAUAUGCCUAGGACAUUAUUUAUUUAGAACCAGGCUUUCUUCAGUGCACACUUGAGUAAACGCUGUCCCCCAUACCCAUUCUCGGGACUUAGGUCAGAAUACUAUUUGUGGUCUAAGAUGUUUGAAAGUCAGAGGUAAAGUGAGUGCAAUAUGAUCUCUGAGACAUUAAAGCAAGAAACAUGCACAAGGGGAUAAAAAGGUGCUCAAAAGGCAUCAGUUCAUUUAGAGCAUCUAUUAAGGGCCAAGACUUAGAGCUGUAAAUAAGACACAUGCCCUUAUGGAAUUUAGGUUCCUAGCAGACGGGGUAAACAGACAAUCAACAAAUGAUUUCAGCAGCAUCAAGAAAAUAAAACGUGAUAACGGGAAAGAGUAUGAUGACAGUGAGAGGCACCUUACAUGUGCGGCUAAGAAAGAGCUCUGUGAAGACCUGGCCUUAACCUCUUCUCUAUGGUGCACUCACAUGUUGCUGUGUUUCAAUCCUGUGGUCUCCCAGGGCCACCUGAGAAGUGCUUUCUGAGGAAUUCUGCUAGUGGGAAUUCUCCCUGGUGUAGGGUUCAGCUCUGGAGUAUAAAAGCACUUCUGCCUCCAGGCCUAUGGACUCGACAGAUGGAACAGAUCUGAGGCAGUCCCUGUGUUUAGAAGUCCAGUUUUGACUAUUCUGCCAAUUCCACUGGGUCAGCACUUUAUUAGGCCUCUGUGAUGGCUGUGGA